AUGGCGCGCCAUACUACACACGCCGCUCGUGAACAUCUACUUUCGUCUUCUUCACACCUUCAAGAAGUGGUUGGAAUCCGCUUCCCGUCUCAUGAGAACCAUUACAGUAUGCCUACAAAACGUCUCUUCACGUCUAAAAAAAAUUUUUUUUGAGAUUUUUUGCCUAACUACAAACGAUUAUGGUGUGUUCUAAACAAGAAUCAGCAAAAUCGCUACUGAUUAAUAUACCGAAUACCAAAGCUUUUUGCACUUUGAAAACGUUUUUGAGCAGAUUUUCAAUUUUUUUUAUUCGCGUUUUUUAUCACGAUUUUGAAUGUCUUUGAGCCAGAAAUGGAAAAAUAAUUGAGCAAGACUUCAUUUCACUCGGAAAUGUGGUACACGUUUGUAGGACUUUGAUUCGAGCCAACCUUCUACAUCAUUCGAUCCAAAUACCGAGUCUCCACCGCCAAAUCUGUCUCCGGCCACUUCUACACUUUCAAGCUCACAGGUUUUUUCAAACUUCUCGUUUUGUACUUUUAUCUGAGAAAUUCGAAUCGUCUUCCGUUUAUAAAUUACCUAAGAUUUAUUCAAUACCGUAUGAUCAAAAUAACAUUAUCGUACACCGUGCCAUACAAUUUCAAGUGCUUUGUACUUGAAAAUCUGUUGAAAUGUAUCUAGGAUCUUCGAAUUAUAGCUUUUUAACAAGAACGAAAAGGUCAUCUUCUCUUGUGGAUUUGUAGAACACGUGUUCUCGGAAAGGAAUUCGCGUUUUCGACGAACCUUGCGCGAUUUGCUCAGCAGCUGCAACCGGAUAUCAUUACAGUGUUCUGUACCUAAUACAAAUCCUUGAACAUGUUUUAAAUUUAGGUUGUUUCGUGUAACGGCUGCAAAACUUUCUUCCGCAGGUCUGUGAUCGCGCGAGUCUCCUUUCGUUGUGUUCGGAACGAUUCGAGAUGUUUUGAUGCUGAUCUUGCGAAGAAAGGUCUUUUUUUGUGCAGCAACUUACAGACAAAAGUGAAAAACAAAAAACUAUUUGAUUUAAUCACCCCAGCCAGGAGAUAGAAAUUAUAUUUUUCCAUAAGCAUCAAUUUCCUAUCUUGGAGACGUCAUAACCCCAUCGUAAAAUGAGGUAAAAAAUUUUUCUCCUACUGAAGUGAGGAUUUCCCGAAGGAUCUUUCUGGCGAUUUUAGCGAGUUUCAGAUUGUUUCCAUUCAUACACCCUCAUUUUCAAUCUUUUUCAGGUGUGCGAAUCAGAUGCAGAAGCUGCCGUUUCGAACGGUGUCUUCGAAUGGGAAUGAAAAAAGAAGGUUUACUUUUUCAGAUUUUCUGGUAUUAUUAAUUCUAAAAAAAUAACUAAACAUCUUAAAAAAAUGUUCAAACUUUGUUUUUUUGGCAUGCCAGAAGAGAAAAAAAGUUCAAAAAAGAAAGAUUGUUUCAAAUCGAAGCAACAAGUGCUGAAAAAAAUGAGUUCAUUUUUACUUAAAGUUAUUUUGAUUCUUAUUAUUAUUUGCAAUUUCCUUUUUUUUUCAUCGUAUUUCUUUUUUGGAUGCAUGGAAUUAUUGAAAAAGCCUUGAUUCCAAGAUUUUACAAAAACUUUAUUUUUUUACAUAAUUUGAUUUUUUUAGGAAUCUAAAUUUUUCACAAUAUAGACUUACUGUAAGAUUUUGCAGCAGUCUCCAAAGCGUGUCAAGCGUUGGAAGAAUCCAAAAGUGCAAAAAUAUCUCACGGAGAGGCUUAUUUGGCGGCGAUUUCCCAGCCGGUAAGUGGUUUCGGACAAUCUCUCGCUGCAGAAACAAUCUUCAGCGAGAAUCCUCUCUAUUUUAGGCAGCAUCACGUCAUUCGUUAGAUGACUUCGAAGAGAUAGUUUCGCGCCUGAAGACAGUUCUUCUCAACAUUAAUCAUAUCAGGUAGCCGAAGCGACACAUUUUUGAGAGCGAUUCGUUAAAAGUCGUUAAAUGCGACAAAGAUGUGUGUUUUGAUGUCGAUUUGCAACGCACAAGGGAUUAGAUUGUUGUCGUGUGGAUUUGAGCCAAGUACAAUCCAUAACUACUACGACAAACCUUGCACAUCGCGUUUGAAAGAACAGAAGCGUCUGAGAGCGAAACACAUACUAGAAAAGAGCAAAUGAGAAAAAGCAGCCUUUUUGCAGUUGAGGAGGGAUAUUGGAUAGUCGGACAUCAAAACGUUUUCAAAAAAACAUUUUUUCAGAAAGCUUCCGUUGCCCUAUGAAAACUUCGAUUCCGCUCUGAACGAAAUACUUUCUCAGAACUCAGCUUGUGAAAGUUUGCUGCAGAUAGAGGUGACAUAUACACCUUUCCAUUGUUUCCUUGAUCGAGAUCAACGUAGGAAAUCGAAAAGGAACGUGUCUGCAAACGCGAAAUGCCAGAAUGGCUGACGAUAGAUCUCUGGUGCGCGAUCGAGUUUGCACGAUCAUUACCGUAUUUUGCUGAUUUCGACCUUGAUAUACAGGUGUUUUUUGAGAUCAGGAAGUGUCCUUUUUCGAAAAUUGAUUGUGAAAAUUUUUCCUAUUUUCCUCAACGUUUCGAGAGAAUGACUUGACCUCUGUACAUAUGCAUCAGAUAAUAAAGUCGGUCGGAAACUUUUUGCUAAAAUGCUAAAAAAAAAUAUGCAAAGAGCGUGAAAUGACCGUUUUUGAUUUUGUUUAGCUGACAAAAAAUUUUUUCCCGUCUUACAUUCAAGAAAAAGCUUUCGAACAAGCUGAAACUUACUGAAAACUUCGAGAAAGUACAAAAAAAAAACUUAAAAUACCAUUCAACUUCACUGGAAUUCAACUUUUGAAAUGCUUCUUACUAGGGAAGCUGUUUCUCGAAAAACAUUUAGAAAAAAAUUAAAUAAGGUAUAGCAAAACUUUGAGUUUAGACCAACUUUUUUUUUGAAAUUCGUGACUCUCUGUUUGAAUUGAAAGAUUCAAGAUCUUUAUUAAGUACAUUCAGGACUUUUUCGAAUUAGUACACAUGAAGUUCUUUGGCACGAAGUUGAACUGUCUUUUGUGUACGUACGCCACUGAACAGAUUUUGUUUUUAGGAACUUUUUGUACGCCGUUCUGCAUUUGAACUAGCAAUAGCCAUGCAAGCUAUGGACUCCUAUCUCAAAGGACUCUCCACGGUCACUUUUCCGGACAGUUCCACAGUCUUUGACCGUUUCCCACAGUAAGCACCUUCAUCUUGUUUUUUUUUUCCAUUUACAAUCUCAAAAUCCCUUCUUCUUGGAGUUCAAAUGUUGUGACGGAAAAAAAUUAAGGUAAAGAACAGAAGUUUUUUCCAGCGCUUCAAACGAUCUUCACUAUGAGCAAAUGUUCGUUCGAAUUCUUGAGCCUUUUUACCGAGAAAAGUUCUGUCUUGAAGAGUUGCUACUCAUGCUCUACCUGAUGUUCUACAGCAUAGGUUUGUUAACUCGAGAAUGAAUAUUCCGUUUUUUUGAAUAAAAUGCAGUCUUAGAGAUAAUCUACUAAAUUUGAAAGCAAUCUGUUUUUAGUUGAUGCAGAAGAACUGACAAGGUCGGCUAAAAUAUUGCACGCAAAGGCGAUACAAAGUGCACGACAGAAUCUUUUGAUUUCGGCGAUAAAGCAAGGUAUCAACCCAUUCUUUUUGAACCUCUUGGUCUUCACAGGGACUACAGGUUUUUUUUAAUGAAAACUUGUGGCUGCAAAUAAACGACUUCGAUUAAAUUCUGAUUUGCUUGGAAAUUUCGAACUACUGUUCUUAAAUUGGAUAUGAUCUGAAAACUCGCGUUAGAGUCAACUUUUGCCGGCUUAAAAAGCGAGAUAGGUAGAUUGGCAAGAGUGAAACGUUGCGUGAGUGACGCGGUUUUUUUCAAACGCAACUUUAGUGAAAUAUUGAAUACUUGAGCAGGUAACGCCUAAAUUAUCUCCAUCCUCAAAGAUUUUUUUGGGAAUAUAUUAUAAAUUUAUAUUCUCACUAAAGGGAUAACUUUUCUAAAAAAAAAACCACUUUACCGUUUUUGAGAAAAGAAACAUCAAGAUGCAACUCCGAUGAGAGAAGUUUCUGAGGGGGACAUUGCAGAUGUUGUCCAAAUUUCAGUGAUUAGUUAUUUCAGAAAUGAUUAUUUGGAAAUAAAAAGAUUUAUCUGCUAACGCGCUACAAGAUACAUGAAUUUGUCAUAUUUCCGGGUACCUGUCCUCUCGUUGGGGUUGACUCUUUCCCGUGUGUUGUUAUUUCUCUGCCUAUCCUUCAUUUGAUCAUUUAUUCUUUAUUUUUUUUCUGUUAAAUAACGGCAGUGUAAACUAUAUAUAAUGAGAAGUAGCCUGUCGAAAAUGUGAAGCAAAAUCUCAAAAACGAAUUCUCCGGGUUUCUUUUGGAACAAGUUUCUUUCUUGCGUUUCUCAUUAUUUAAUUUUAUAUGCUGAGCACCCGACGGUACAAUUUUUCCGGGAAAAAAAAAUGCAUAUAGAGUCAAUUUUAGCAUUCUCCCAUAAAUUUUCAAAAAGCUAUUUCUCAGUAGCGUUUGACAAUAAGCAGAUAAUUUUUUUCCGAAACCCUAUAUUCAAAAAUACCUACCACGGAAGUUUAGACCAAGUUCGUAAUAUUGUCCUCAGAAAUAUCUCUUGUGAGCACUGCGGAAUGAAAAAAACGAGAAUUUCUUCAAUUCACUCAAAGACUUCCAGGAAGUUUAUUCACUACAUUGAAAAGAGUGUACUAUCUUUAUUUGUUUGAAAAAAUUAACAGCGCAAAGUACAACGGCCUUUCUUAGAAAGAGAACAUUUCGAAGUUUUGUUUUUUGAUUCGAAAAAUGAACACCAGAUAUUGGAGCGAAACGAAAACCCACUGAUUUCAUGUUAAUUUCCAGACGAGUUCUACUUUCCCAUGAGGUACGGAAAACUUCAGGCAUUGAUGGAGUUUUCCAUAUCUUCUGCAAACAGACAUCGUGAGAAUUCCUAAACAGUUCAAUCUCAGACUUUCCUAUUUCAGGCCAAAAGAUGAUGGCUGCCGACUCAAUUCGCCAGAAAAACUGCGAUCUUCUCAUUGAACAAAUUGUUUUUGGUUACCAAGUUUCCUAG